AUGACGUCAGCCGUAUCGGCCCCGCGCCGAGGGAAAUUUGGAGCUGGAGGGGCAGAGGACUACAAACACCCCAGGAACAAUAUGGAGGACUCCCAGAGACCCGGCCACACAAGGUCGGUGCUAAUUCUCUACGGCUCCGAGACUGGCAAUGCGCAAGAAGUAGCCGAGGAAUUGGGUACAGUGACCGAGCGACUGCGUUUCGUGACGCAUGUUUCCGAAUUGAAUCAGGUGAAGCCGGAAACACUAUCUUCCUAUACCAUUACUAUCUUUGUCGUGUCGACUACCGGUCAAGGCGAUCUGCCGGCGAAUGCGAGGACGUUUUGGAAAUCGUUGCUGCUUAAGAAGCUCCCGCCGACAUAUCUGAAUGGUGUGAAUUUUGCGUCGUUUGGAUUGGGUGAUAGCUCUUAUCCCAAGUAUGUUUCGAGUGAUAUCAAAUACCCCACCGGGUGCGCAAAUGCUUACGUCUUCAGGUUCAACUGGGCUGUACGAAAGCUCUAUAAACGGCUGUUGCAGUUGGGUGCAAAUGAUAUCUAUCCUACGGGCGAGGCAGAUCAGCAACAUCCUGAAGGGCUUGAAGGUACAUUUCUCCCGUGGAUAGCCGAUUUCCGCAAGAAUUUACUGGAUCGACACCCUCUACCUCCUGGACAGCAUCCCAUACCAGAUGACGAACAACUACCGCCGAAGUGGAUCCUGCAACUGAAAGAAGAAGACACUUCCGCCCCAGUUUCGCAACCUACGCCCACCCAUCAAAUUGUUCAAAUAGAUGAAUAUCCCGGUUUGACGAAUCUGGACCAUGAUAUUCGACCACUCCCAGAUACCCUCACCGCAAAUCUGGACGACAAUCGACGUGUUACCCCACAAAAUCAUUGGCAGGAUGUCCGUCGCAUUUCGCUUACGGUUCCCGAAUUCGUCUCAUACGCCCCGGGUGAUAUGAUCGCCAUCACACCCAAAACCUCACCCACCGACGUACAAAACCUCCUCGAUAUCACGGGCUGGAGCGAUGUUGCAGAUAGACCAAUUGCUCUUGUUCCUACACAGAGUACACCGUCACCAUCACCGAUACCCGGCCUCGACUCAUACCCUAAUCUGACCCUUCGCACGCUUCUGACAGACUAUCUGGAUCUCAAAGCCAUACCCCGCAGGUCCUUCUUUUCCACUAUUGCCCAUUAUACAAAUGAUGAAAUGCAAAAGGAGCGCCUUUUAGAAUUUACAAAUCCAGAAUAUCUUGAUGAACUCUGGGAUUACACCUCCCGGCCACGACGGAGUAUUCUCGAAGUAUUGCACGAAUUCGACACAGUGAAAAUUCCCUGGCAGCAUGCAGUAUCCGUACUCCCGGUUAUGCGGGCACGUCAAUUCAGCAUUGCCAGUGGUGGCGCACGGAAGCGAACCGCAGAUGGAAAGACACAGUUUGAGCUCCUCAUCGCUAUCGUCAAGUAUCAGACCGUGAUCAAGAGGAUCCGGGAAGGUGUCUGCACCAGAUAUCUCUCCACACUCCGACCAGGUAGCACCCUCAAAAUCCAGCUCCAGCCCGGUGGACUCAAAUCCUCUAUCCAACAGUUGACUGGGGCCACUAUUCUUAUUGGACCGGGUACAGGCAUUGCACCUCUUCGAUCUAUGUUGUGGGAGAAGGCGGCGCUGGUCCAAGCUUACCGCGAACAAAACCCCGGGGUAGAGCCUCCCAUUGGUCCCACAGUUCUACUUUACGGUGGACGAAACCGUAAUUCAGAUUUCUUCUUCUCGGAAGAAUGGGACCAACUCAACCAACUCAUUCCCCUGCAGGUUCUCACUGCCUUCUCGCGUGAUCAGCAGCAGAAGAUCUACGUGCAGGAUACAAUUCGUCAAAAUUUCGCACUCUUCUUCCGACUUUUGCAUGAACUGCAGGGAUCUGUUUAUAUCUGUGGUUCGUCAGGACGUAUGCCUCAAGCGGUGCGGGAGGCAUUAAUCGAGGCCUUCCAGAAUGGAGGUGCGCCUGUACCCGGGCGACCUUACACUCGGUCGCAAGCGGAGGAAUACUUGAUUUCUAUGGAGAAGAGUGGACGCUACAAGCAGGAGACGUGGUGA